GAGGAACGGGCUCAGCUCAGACAGCCAUGGCCUCCUUCAGAGACUCCUCCAUACUCAUCAUCGAAACUGGGAGGACCACGAUACGAGCAGGUCUGGGAAUUCAUGAACUACUCAAGGCACCGGCCGUAGAGAUAUUGGCACGCGUUGGAUUUCGACAGGUUACCGAAGAACCGUCAAACGGUGUUGACACCAAUGGAAAGCAGCUCUCGAAUGACUCCGAUAUCUCGCGUCUAUCAUCCUCUCUCAGCCGCCUGCCCUAUCAUUCUAACCCAGCUGCCAAGGUCAACGAUUACCUCGUUGGUACCCAACUGGACGAGGCUUUGGCAACAGGACAGGACAUCCUAAUCUCGUGGCCAUUUGCCGAUGGAGAUGUUCGCGAUUGGACGCAGGCAGAGGCACUCUGGAAAUACAUCAUUUUUAACCAAUUUCAGAUCAAACGCACUCAAAAUGAAUCACCAGUCAUACUUUCGAUGCCAGCCGGCCUGUCGCGAGACUUCCUCGAGCAAGUGUGUCAGCUGUUCUUCGAACGGUUUAAUGUGGCUGGGUUUGCAGUCCUCGAGCGUCCAAUGGCACAGAUCUACGCGACCGGACUGCUCAGCGGUGUCGUAGGCUUCAUUCUGCAAAACACUCGCACUUCGACAUCGAUAGGCAUACGAGACUGUGAAAACUACCUUGCCAACAUCUUCCGCUCCAAUCAGUCGGUCAUGGCUGCUGCUUCGCCAUCAGAUUCCCCCUGCGACCCCCAAACUACCCAACAAUUCCUAGUGGACUUUGUGCAGCACAUAUGGAAGGAGGGUCUGGUCCGUGUUCCAUCUGAUGGGCAAACAGCCGAUGUACCUGAAGACGAGGGUGUCACCGACAUUGCUGCAGUUUUAGUGGCUGGGAAGGAGAAGGCUGUCAUUGAAACUGGAAUGAAGAAGAAGGCUACUGCAAAAGCAUCUGCCGCCGAACAGGCACGAGCAAGGGAAAUAGAGGCUCUUGACCUCGUCACAGUAGAGUUUCGUGGACAUUCGAUAACAGUGGGGAAGGAGCGGCAUCGCUUCUGUGAACCACUGUUUGAUCCAACUUUACUGAAACCCCUACAACAAGUCCCAGUAGAUGAUACACAGGACCAACCGCUCCCCCUGCAAGAUGCCGUUGGACUGGCUGUGAGGCAGGCAGAAGUUGAUCAAAGGCAGGCCAUCUGGCAGGGUUUAUUUGUCACUGGUGAUCUCGGGAACCAUGUAAAGGGUAUCGGCGUAGCACUGCAGUCCCGACUGUCGCCUUACAUCUUGAGUAAUCCUGAACAACAAACGGAACUGCAACCACGAUCAAUCCGCGUUGUAAAUGUUCCCGAAUACUUUGCGGAGUUCAGAGAAAAGGGUGAUCGUUUAGCUACAUUCCUUGGGACAAGCAUUGUCGCCAAGAUUGUUUUCAGCGAUUCCCAAUUGAAAAGCUUUGUGUCAAAGCCCGAUUAUGAUGAGAGGGGCCCACACGCUAUCAUAGGAAUGUGCCCCUGCAUUUAUGUCCUUGGCCCGCCUGGCGGUCAACGCGCAAUUUCUGAUCAUCGUCAAGGCAAGUCAAGACCUACGCCCGUCAAGUUUCACGACUCAAAAAAAUCAUCAAUGGCACCCGCAAGCAAGACAAAAGCCGCUAAAAACAGCGAGUCCAUUGCAUCCCGCCUCGCUCUCGUCGUGAAAUCGGGCAAGUACACACUCGGAUACAAAUCUGCAUUGAAGCAGAUGCGCAGUGGAAAGGGUGAGCACCUUGUCUUCGUACUCACGGGGACUGGAGCGUGAGGCUGAGAAGGUCCCUUGGCUAACUAUGGUUUUCGUUGCCACCCUUUCUUAAACAGCCAAGCUGGUCUUGAUCGCUGGUAACUGCCCUCCUUUGCGUAAAUCUGAGCUCGAGUACUAUGCCAUGUUGUCCAAGACGUCCGUGCACCACUUCAGCGGCACGAACGUCGCUCUUGGCACUGCUGCUGGAAAACUUUUCCGUGUCGGG